GGACUGACCUUUGGUUCCUCGUUUCUGUCUUGCCUACGCUGGCACCUCUGCGAUUAUUAAUUAACUUUCCUUCUCUUCAGAAGCAUAUGGCUGUCGGGUCUGGCUGUCUCCCAUUGUGAAGAGAUUCUGCCUCAGCCAGACCUCGCCGGGAUAGGAAGAUGUCCACCCGUUACCACCAGGCAGCAGCUGACAGCAACCUGGAGUUACUGAAGGAAGCCACCAGAAAAGAUCUGAAUACUUCGGACAGAGACCGGAUGACACCCACCCUGUUGGCAGCUUACCAUGGCAACCUCGAGGCUCUGGAAAUCAUUUGCCGACGAGGAGGUGAUCCGGACAAGUGUGACAUUUGGGGCAACACCCCUCUUCACCACGCUGCCUCCAACGGCCACACUCACUGUGUUUCCUUUUUAAUCAACGUUGGCGCCAAUAUCUUCGCUUUGGAUAAUGACCUGCGUUCUCCUCUUGAUGUUGCGGCCAGCAGGAAUCAGUAUGAAUGCGUCAACCUUCUUGAUAAUGCUGCUACAGAGCAGAACAUUAAGAACCCCAAAAAGGUCUCCCGCCUGAAGGCGGAGGCUCAGCAAAACGCCGAGAGGCAACUUCGUGAAUGUGAAAGACGCCAAGAGAAACACGAACACAAAAUGGCCCAGAAUUUCAGCAAAGGAUCUAUAUCUUCAGCAAGGGAAACGACCACAAGACCCAAAAUCUCCAACUUCUUCACUUCUAGCUCAUUAAGCGCCUUCCCUAAGCAGUUGAAAGACACGUUCAGGCUGAGGAUGAAAAAAAAAGAAGAGACGUUAGACAACAGAGAAGUAGAAUGGGGUGGUAGUCAAAACGACCUCCCAGCCGGGCGAACGGCUGUCAUGGACAUGUUCAACGAAAAUGAUGAAGACUUCGCCCACGAAUUCCAAGGGAAAGCUAGUCUUUCUGAAGAUGACGAUGGUGAGCUAGGACAAAAGUCGAUUUUCAAUCGCCCUGGUCUUGGCAACAUUGUGUUUAGAAGUCACUUGUCUGCCGGCAGAAGUGCUGAUCCAUUGUUACUGGCGAAAGAGGGUGUCCUCUCCAAAAUACCCAACACAUUGUUUCUGGUCCAAGAGUCUGAGGAGGAGGGUGACCUAGAAGACCCUGAUGCUAAUGUUCACCCUGACGGCCAUCCUGAAGAACCUUGGAUUGAAGAGGAAAUUGCGUGGAAUGAUGGUGAAAUGGAGGCCACCCCCUUGGAGGUGUUCCUGGCCUCACAAAACUUGAACGAAUUGCUUCCCAUUUUGAUGAGAGAAAAUAUUGAUUUAGAAGCCCUCAUGCUUUGCUCCGAUGAAGACCUGCGGAGCAUCCAAAUGCAGCUGGGUCCAAGGAAGAAAAUCCUCCACGCUAUCGAGAGAAGACAGCAGGCCCUUGCAAACCCGGGCAAGGUCCAAGAUACUCAGUUGUAAGUCAUAUUUGUAGAACCAAGUGUCUCUAUGGACAUCACUUUGCAUCAAGCGGCUGUUCUUCACCAGAAAGAAUAGAAUUUCACGUGGGAGAGAGAAGAUUCGAGUUUUCAUCCUGUGUGGAGACACUUAGCAGAAUCAGGACCUACCAUUAGCAUCUUGGGAUCUUUGAAGAUCAGGUCUAUUCCGGGUUUGUGCAAAGACACAGACCACCGCCUUUCCUGUAACCAUGGCAGUAAGGAAACGUUUCCAGGUAGUUAGACUAUUUUGGACUUCGGGUUGAAUGAUAUUCUGGUGGGCGCCUUUGCAUCCUAGGGGCUGAAGUCCUUUUGAUGUAACUCUUCAGGCCUAAAUGGCAAUGGUGUCAUCAGCUCCCAGCGUUAAUCUUUAGGUUAAUUUAAUUUCUUUAAUAUUUUAAAAUUUUAUUGGUUUUAGCUUUUAAUAUUG